UUCACUUGCAGUAUCUCCGAGCGUCUCAAAGAGGGAAGCUACUUAAUAACCAUGGCUAGCGACGCCGCCGCCAUUGAUAAGGCGGCGAAACCGCUUCCGCGGAAGCACAACAAGCCGGACCAGACGAGGCGACACCGUUCGAUAUUUGAACUCCCACCGGACUUCUUCGAUUCCUGCCGCCUCUUCAACUCCACCUCCUCGGAUUUUGAAACUUCGCCCGACGAUGGCGUUGAAGAACCGAAAUCGGAGAAAGAAGCUUCCGAAAACACCAAUCACGACGGAAAUGUUAAUAGCAGUGGUAAAAUUAUGCAGAGAUGGUCUUGCAAUACGUGUAAGGCGGAGUUUGAGUCUCUCCAAGACCAGCGCUACCACUUCAAAUCCGACCUGCACCGUUUCAAUAUAAAGCUGAGCAUUGCUGGAAAGAGCAUUAUUAACGAGGAAGAUUUUGAUGAAGCAAGUGCAAAUUCAUUGUCUAAAGACUACGAUGUGUCGAGCAUUUCUGGAUCAGAUGACGAGGACGAGAGAGAGACUAGUCUUCUUGGUGACAGGAAACGUGAAUUCAGUGGACUAUCAAAACGUAAAAUUUGUAUAAAACUAAAAGAUGGGGAGAUAGUUUCAGUCUUGAAAUGCUUAUUUCUUGAUGACUCUGAUAGUAUUUCAUAUGACACUGAUAAGCCCCAUUUCAUGGAUGGGGCUGGAGUUGUAAAUUUGACUCCAAGAGAAGUGAUUGAAAAGCUGAGAUACAUAGUUCAUGAACCUAGAGAUAACUCCAGAUUGAGGAUUGUUUUACUUGCAAGGGGUGGGCACUUUGCUGGGUGUGUAUUUGAUGGGAAUUCGCUUGUGGCUCAUAAGACUUUUCACAGAUAUGUUGUGAGGGCCAAGGCUGGUAAAAAACAAUCAUUAAAAGACGCAGGUGGACAAGCUAUUCAUUCUGCUGGUGCUUCACUUCGUCGCUAUAAUGAGCUUGGUCUCAAAAAGGAUAUCCAAGAACUACUUACUUUAUGGAAGUCUCAUUUUGCCAUGGCCUCCUGCAUCUUUAUUUAUGCUCCUUCUAAUAACCGUCAACUACUCUUUGAUGGAGAAAAACCUUAUUUCAUCUGUCAAGAACGUGCAAUAAGAAAUAUUCCAUUGACAGUUAGGAGGCCAACCUUGAAGGAAGCUAGGCGAAUAUACAGCUUGCUUGUACAAGUUUCCUCCGAGAUCGUUGAGGAAACAACCCCUGAUACAAAAGAUGAAUCAUUAUCUAGUGUGAAGAGUGGAAACCACAGCUAUACUGAAUCCAGUGGAUUGAUGUCCAAAGAAGAUUCAGAUGGUACAAAAGUUGCUGAAGCCAGUUCCUUAGUAUCUCAAAUAAAUGGUUUGUCUGUUUCAUUUGAGUCCAAAGAUGUGCUAAAUGCUGUUGGCAUAUCAACACCUUUGCAUGAAGCUGCAAAGUCUGGAAAUGUUCAAAAAGUUCUGGAACUCCUAGAGCAGGGUUUAGAUCCUUGCAUUAAAGAUGAGAGGGGCCAAACGCCAUAUAUGCUUGCCACUGACAAGGAGGUUAGAAAUACGUUCAGACGCUUCAUGGCAUCAAACAUGGAAAAAUGGGACUGGCAUGCUGCAAAAGUACCCAGCCCUUUGACAAAAGAGAUGGAGGAAUCUCAAGCAGCUAAGCAGGCAGAAAAAGAUGCCAAGAGGAAAGCCAAAGCCAAAGAGUUAAAGAAAGUUAAGAAAGCGAAAGAAAAGAAGGCCCAGGCUGAAGCUGCUGAAUCCAGCAAUAACUCGUCUAAGCCCGGUAAUCCAGCAAGUUCUUUAUUAACUAAUAAAGGCCAGUCUCACUCUACCAGUUCAGUGGCAUCAAAAGAGGAGGUGCUCAAAAGAAAUCAAGAUCUGGAGAGAGAAAAGAGAGCUGCAGCCGCGGAGAGGCGAAUCGCAGCAUUAAAAGCUCAAGAAUCUGCACCAGUCGUUGCUCCAAGUAAUCUGCAGUCAAAAAAUUCGAGUGGAAGUGAUGUCUUAUGCUCGUGCUGCUUUGUGUCAUUGGCUGGUAUAGUACCCUUUCAUCGAUACCAUUACAAAUACUGCAGCACUUCAUGCAUGCAUGUGCACAGAGAGAUCCUUGAAGAUGGAUGAACAGUUUCGGAUCAUUGGCCUUCUCUUUUCCAAUUUUUUCUUCCAGAAAUAUUAAUUGAUAUAUACAUAUUUGGGUUUGUGAUACUCAGUCUUAGGUUUUUGGUCGCUGCAGUUUUUGUUUUCCUCUUCUACUCUUGACAUUCUAUUUUAAUAAUGUUAAUGAAAAAUAAAACUCUAUUGGUUGGUAGUA